AGAGAGUGCACUACAUUUGACAUAAUGACGUGGUGAACUGUGUGAAAAAAGAACAAUAAAUUAGUGAUGCCGACACGAUUAGUAAUCUAAUUAAUGCAUUAUUUUGUAAACACCAAACGUGCUAAAUUUAUAUAGAAAUAGUCAGCAGCAGGCAUUGAUACUUGAAAUACACAUUGACAUCUGAGUCGACACGAAAACAAGCAUUUUGUAUUAGAAAGAGGAAGGAGGUCGAUCAGGAGGAGACGUCGCAGCAGGGCAAUGAAAUAAUUUACACUUGAAGAGGUGAUUGUAGUUGUUUUCUUUUUUUUUUUUUUUGUUUUGUUUUUGACGUCGCUAUUGCGUCGCCAGCUGCAUCGAAAGUUUGACGCCAAACUAUCGAGAAGACAAAAUUUCUACCAUUGCGAGUGAGAAAAAAACGGGUAGCUGUUUGCGGAGGGGUAGCAGGCGCUACACCAAACUACGGUCACAAUGAUGAAUGAAGACAGUGCGAGUACGUCAACGUCGACCAGUGGCGGGGGUGGCGUUAAAAAGUUCUUUCUGCGUUUAUCACAGAUCUACCAAUCAUCCCUUGAUCGCUCUACGCCGCACACACGUAUGCGAUGGGUGUUUGCUGGAUUUGUGUUGCUCCUAUUUGUACUGCGAAUAUUCAUCUAUCAGGGCUGGUAUAUUGUGUGUUACGCCCUUGGAAUCUAUCACUUGAAUCUGUUCAUUGCAUUUUUGACGCCAAAAAUCGAUCCGGAAUUUGAUCCAUAUGCGCAAGAAGAUGACGACGAGGGACCGAAUUUACCCAGGCAUAGCAAUGAGGAGUUUCGACCAUUCAUACGACGACUGCCCGAAUUCAAGUUCUGGCUGUCGGUGACAAAAAGCACUGCAAUUGGCCUAUUUUGCACGUUCUUUGACUUUUUCAAUGUGCCUGUCUUCUGGCCAAUAUUAGUCAUGUAUUUUAUUACACUUUUCUGCAUAACGAUGAAGCGGCAAAUCAAGCAUAUGAUCAAGUACAAGUACUUACCAUUCACCCGGAAUAAGCCACGAUAUCAGCGCGUCAGCCAGGUUGCGGGCGGUGGCCCCAGUAUUGGAGGAGCUAGCUCAAAGUGACAAUUAGCCGCACAGACGCCGGACACACAAACGACAACAGGUGCAACAACAGCAACGGCAUCAGCAGUAGCAACAUCAACCGUAAACAGCUCAGCCUCAGCGGCGGCAGCAAGUUCAACGGCUGCAGGGACGUCCGCGGUUACUGCUAAACCACCGCAAAUCAUAGCAAUUGAGGAAUAUUAGGAAGUUAUAUCGGAAACUAAGUAAAAACUCAAACAAAUUCAUGUAAACCACACAUCUGCAAUAAUUUCGGGUUCCAUCAUUGUAUUCAAGCUAGCAUGCUAUUUUGUUUAUGAGGCAUUCAUUUAUUUAGUUUUUGAUUUAUUACGUUGUCGUGCGGCGUUUUGUGCAAAAAAUUGUUUAUUGUUUAUAUAAUUUCUUUAUUAUCUUAUAUUUAUUUCUAUGCAACUUCUGUUCCACAAACAACAGUUCAAUAUUCUAGCUAACGAUUAUAACUUAAAAUUACCUUUACCUUUUUCAAAUCCAAAAAGUAGAUUUACGGAAUCCUAAAUUUUUUGAUUACACACCUUGGCUAGAUAUGUAUUUUUGUUUUUACAUAUAUUGUUAGCGUUAACUAUACAAAAUGUUAGAAUAUAACGAACUAAAGAAGGUUUGAACUGGG